AUGUUUAAAGCAAAACAUGGAAAAUCUAUGGUAUCUAGAUUAAAUAAUUUUAGGUAGUAUUUAUGAAUAUUUAGUUUAAUAAUUUCAAUUCCCUCCUUCUUUACAUAAGAAAAAUGAAAGUUCAUAAUUAGUUUAAAAUCAUACAAAAUUAAAUAAUAACAAUUUAUGGUUGAAAAUAUUUAUCAGCACAAAUCAAAAAGUGAAUAAAACUAAAAGAUGUAAAUAUUGAGAGUGGAAUAAUUCAGAUCAUUUAACAAAAUUAACAAAUAUGAGGAUAUGAAAUAAUUAGAAAUAUGCAAAUUUUAUGAGAUGGAUGAAAUUAAAACAAAAUAAUAUAUUAUGUGUCAAGAUGGUGAUGAAUGA